AUGAAGCUUUAUUACCUUUUAUUCUUAUCCCUUUCGGUUUUCACGGUUUUCUCUUAUUCUUUAUCUUAUGAUGAAGACGUGGAUUCUGAGAAAUCGGUUCUUCCUCAAAAACGUCCUAAUUUUUGUGAAACUAAAGAAGGAAGAUGUUUACAAAUAUGUGGUCUUCCAUCAAUAGAUAUUCCAUUAUCUCAAUAUAUUUGCUUUCGAAGCCGGUAA